GAAUGGAAUUCGAAAUAGAAAAUCGAGAAAUUAUAAAUAUAUUUUAAGGUGGCGAUUGUGAAGUGAAAUAAUGAUGUUCAUUCGUAUUCUAUUAGCAAUAUUAUUUUAUAGAGGAAUUGAGUGUCAAUACAAAACGAUUGAAAGUGAUUUCACAAUGAAUCAAGACGAAGUCUUUAAACACAAUCAAAAUCAAGACAUUUACAAAAUGAAUAAACCGCUGGAUAGGGGACCGUAUUUUGAUACAUCGGCAACGAAAAAUGUCACCUCGCUGGUGGGCAGAACGGCACAUCUGAAUUGUCGCAUCAAGAAUUUGGGCAACAAGACAGUGUCCUGGAUACGGCACAGAGACUUGCAUUUGUUAACAGUGGGUGAAACCACAUACACAUCGGACCAACGUUUUACGAGCAUAUACAAUAAACUAUCCGAGGACUGGUCGUUGCAAAUCAAAUAUCCUCAGUUGAAAGAUUCGGGCACCUAUGAGUGUCAGGUCUCCACCACACCACCCGUCGGCUAUACCAUGGUGUUUUCCGUGGUCGAGCCCAUAACGACGAUACCCGGCGGACCCGAACUGUACAUAGAUGUGGGAUCGACGGUGAACUUAACGUGCAUCGUUAAGCAUCUGCCCGAUCCACCCACCUCAAUACACUGGACCCACAACAACGAGGAAAUCAACUACGAUUCACCGCGCGGUGGUGUCUCCGUUAUAACGGAGAAAGGCGACAUUACAACCUCUUACUUAUUAAUACAACGUGCAACGAUUGCCGACUCCGGCAUGUACACCUGUCUGCCCUCGAAUGCUAAUCCCAAAUCGGUCACCGUACACAUACUGCAGGGGGAGCAUCCUGCCGCCGUUCAGGGCACCAAAAAGAUAACUUCGUAUAUCAUCAAUAUACCCAUAAUACUAGUGUUGAAUUUAUAUUUGUUAUGACCAAUAAUAGGAUGGAUUUUUUAAAAAAAAAACCUCUUAAAAACCAAAAAAAAAAAUCAUUAAAUAAAUUAAUAUUAAUUUAAAUGUAAAAAAAAGAAAAAUAUAAAAAAUAAAUCAAAAAAAAAAAAUUUAAAAAUAAUUUAAAAAAACCCCAAACUAAAAAAGAAAAA